UAUUUACGUAAAUAUUUAUAUUUCGAUCAAUAUAUCAACAUGAGUUUGGCUGUUACCGUCCGUUGAUUUCCGCUUUUACUUGUCGUCUCAGUCGGUAUAGUUAAUUUUUUAAUUUAUCAACCUCAAACUUACCGACACGCUUAAUUGAAUAACGAGUUGAAAUAGUACGCAAGUCACAAAUAAUCUCCCCCACUGAAUAAAAUGCCCCGCCCAAUACGAGUGAUCUAACACCGUUCAAACAUUCCAGCGUACGUUCGAUGUGGCGUGUGGAGUUGAUCCAACCACCUGCUCCUUUUCUUAUCGCCCAACUUCCAGGGAAGCGUUUUACCGCCAAGUAGAAUUGGUAUCGACGGCACGAAGAGAGAAGAAAAAAAACGAACCGCCAUUGAGAAAAUAAGCGAGUAACGUGGCCGUUAACGUUGUGACAUGUCUAUUCUAGACGAGCGCGACGAAUACUUGAAGAAUCCGUAUUUUAAGGAGCAUUUGUACGGCGACUUCACCGCAUUCUAUGUCACAAUUGCUCUCUGCACCGUCCUAGGCGUAUUUCUAUUUGUCUUGAACAUCGUGUUCUGUUGGUGCUCGCGACACCGUGAAUAUUGGCAAGAUCGCAACUCCGGCAAUAGGUGGAUCCAGCCUUUAUGGACUGUAUUGCCGCAUAAAACACCGCCGCUUGAUCUUAGCGAAUUAGAACCUGGUCUCAUCAAGUAUCCCCAAGUGAGGCACGAGAUUGUUCAGUAUCACGAUCCGGAGUCUCAGAGUACCACGCCACAACCCCAGGAGUACAUGGAGAUGCAAAAACGCGAGAGUGAGAUCUAAAAUAGCUGGCAGUACCAACUGGCGAGAACUGUGUUGGAAAACAGUAAUAGUAACACCUACGCUUAAGAAUAUGUUCAAAGUCAAAGAGUUUAAUUGAGUCCAAUAGAGUCUAAUUAACCCUUUGCACCCAGUUAAUUGCACUAUGAAGCCUGUGCCUUAGCUACUAUACACUGAAACUUUCACCACCAACAUUGUUUUCAUAGAUUUAUUGAUCUGCUUUUACGUAUAUUAAAAGAAUAAUUUUUAUUUUUUUAUAAAAUCAAUCUAAUUUAAAAAUUGAGACACCACUGCGACUUGCUUCGCAAGUUAUUUCAAUAAUUGCACACGACACUAGUUGCAAAUAGACUGUAAUCUCAGACAGUAUAAAAAUAUCUUAUUAUGGGCUUGCACGUUUUCUGGCCUGCCACGGCCUGCCUGACUCUCUUCGUAGUUUGCAUUAUAAUCGUGAUGCUGAAGUAUGGCGCACGUCUCUGCAAAUUACGACACGAGCCAUUGCCAUCUGAUCAAGAAUGGGAAGGCAAAGCGUAUUCCAGAAAACUAUCUCUCUCCAUGGCGUGAAAACAAAAUAUUACCGUCUCGAAAAUGUACUCGCACAGCUCUUUCAUUUAAAAAAUGAAACUGCCGAUUAGUACUUUUGCUAUAAACGUAAAUUGAACGUAAAUAACUUCCAAACUAUUUAUAACUGCUUUUUCUCUGUGACACACAUUUCAUAUAUAGACAGAAUAUUGCGUAUACACAAUACUGGUCAUGUAAGUUAGAUGAUUAUAUCCGUCCAUUUACUAUGUAUUUGUACUAAUAUAUUUUUUAGUAAUAUAGACUCGUACGUGCCUUUUUCGAAAAUUAAUGCAAUUCCUAAGGAAUUUUUAUGAAAUGGAAUUAUAUAUAAAUUAUAGCAAAACGUUGAAAAAGAACUUUUUAUGUCCGUCCACAUGUCUCUUUGAUAUUAUUAAAUAUACAUUGUUCGAAUAAUUUUUUAAGUAUAAUGUUGAUAAUUGAGCACUUUUGUAAUUUUUAUAUUGAAUUCAUAUUAUGAAUAAAACACAU